UGUGGGUCUCUUUCUCCCUCACACACUCCACCACACAAUUGGAAUCCUAGGGCUCGCUGUCUAUCCCCCAGGACCCCCUACACCCCUCUGUCUCUCUUUCUUUCUCUCUCUCUCUCUCUCUCUCUCUCUGCGGGCUCCUCUUCUCAAGCAGUCACCAUUUCGGCUCCCGGCAGACCCACGCUGGCUGCCCAGCCACUCCCGCACCUCAGCCUGGGCAGGAAGACCCUGGUGGCGGCCGCCGUAGGGGUCAUGCUGGUGCUGGUGCUGGUGGUGCUCAUCCCUGUGCUGGUCAGCUCCGUGAGCAAUGACAACAACCACUACGAGAUGCUUGGCACCUGUCGAAUGGUGUGCGACCCGUACCAGAACAAGGGCACCACCACGGGCAUCGCCAGCACCGGCUCUUCUGUGCAGGCCGAGGCUUUGGCCGAUCACAGCAACAUGCCUCCACCCUCCACGCUCCUCCAGGGGCCACAGGGGAAGCCGGGCAGGCCAGGCAAACCUGGACCUCCGGGGCCACCAGGGGAGCCCGGGCCCCCAGGUCCAAUGGGGCCCCCGGGGGACCGGGGGAACAGGGGCCAAAGUGGGGUUCUGGGCCUGGGCAAUGAUGGAGCUAUCAGUACAGUUACGUACAACACGCAUCCACGAGUGGCUUUCUAUGCAGGACUGAAGAACCCACAUGAGGGCUACGAGAUCCUCAAGUUUGACGAUGUGGUGACCAACCUUGGCAACAACUAUGACGGCAGUUCGGGCAAGUUUAUCUGCGUUGUACCAGGCACAUAUUUCUUCAUCUACCACGUUCUGAUGAGGGGAGGCGAUGGAACCAGCAUGUGGGCUGACUUGUGCAAGAACGGACAGGUGCGAGCCAGUGCGAUUGCCCAGGAUGCUGAUCAGAACUAUGACUAUGCCUCUAACAGUGUGAUUCUGCAUCUAGACGCUGGCGAUGAAGUCUACAUAAAACUGGAUGGCGGUAAAGCCCACGGAGGCAACAAUAACAAAUACAGCACCUUCUCUGGCUUCAUUCUUUAUGCAGACUGAAUUUGCAGAAAUAAAGUGGGAAAGACAGAGAUGUAGUAAAAGGAAAAAGAAAGUAAAGGACAGAGCAUUCAUCAUCCCAGCUCUUUAUUUAACCAGGAUCUCUCCAUCGCUUCAACACACAUCUUCGCGUGAGUGCUGUUUCCACAGCUGAAGAAGUAUAAUUGACAGAACUGAAAGAGACUGAAAGAGCUUCUCUUUGAAUCACCUUAUUCAUUGGGAAAAUACAAGGAAAUAAAGUGAUAAAAAAAAUUUUUUUUCUUUUUUGGUGUUGAAAGGACAGUUUGUCUUUCUUGUUUUAAGACUCUAGAAUUGACUGGCUGAGACCUUUCCCCUCAACAUUGUGUGCUUCUCCUUAGUAAAACUUUUCUUCACCAACAUCUGUCUAUUGGAAAAAGGAGAAUGUUAAAAGUAUCCCUAACACCAUGUGGAGUAUGUUACUUUUGAAGGAUCAAAUGAGAUAUAGUUACAAUAAGAUUUAAUUAAAAAUGCUCGUGUUCUCGUUGGGCACAGCACCCCCUGUUGGCUGUUGUUGGUAACUGAGUUCCUUUUAUGUUCUUUUUAUGUGUUUUACUCUGUUGGGACUGCAGUGGCUGAUGACCAUUGUGGAUUAAUGUUAUUCCUUACAAGCUCUUAAAACAAUUGACACUCCCUUCCCUUGACUCUUUUCCUCCCCUGUCAAUUAGCACUCGACCCUGACGUCGCCUCUUUCACCCAAAUCCUGCUCCCCUGCGCCCUUGAUGAAAUGGCAGAUGAGUUUACUUUCUAUGAACAUAAGAAACAGUUAAUGAUGGUACAUAGGAUUUUUAGGUAUGUUUUAGAACAGGUUAACUUGUGCAUUGGACAAGACAAAAUAAAGGAAUAUUUUACUGACACCAAAUUACCAAAAAGUAAUGUAUGGCAAAAUUUAGGCAAAAACAUCUGCAUUAUCAAUAUCACUUAGUCAUAGUAAUGCUGCUUUAUAGCAGCAAAUUGCUCUCUGAUUUUAGAAACAUGAAUAUGCUCUCUUAAUAUAUUAAGAGAGCACUGUCAUUGGGCUAUGAAUUCAGAGUUGCAUAAUUGGAACUUUUUGGUAAAAUUAUCAUGUCCAAAUUGUUUGCUAUAAGUGUAUCUGGGGGGUACAAAAGGGCAGAGGGGAGUUGAGCAGCUUGUAAGUCAGUUAUUACUGCUAAGAAUUUCAACAAAAUGCAGUGAGAAUAUUUAUGAAAUAUAAUUUUUUCUGAUGGGGUGAAUAAAUGCUGGCAAAUGAGGUUUAUUUGUAAGCUUUCACAUGUGUUUGUGAGGAUGGCUGUGUGUGUGUGUGUGUGUGUGUGUGUGUGUGUGUGUGUGUGUGUGUGUGUGUGUGUGUGUGUGUGUGUGUGUGUGUGUGUGUGCGUGCGUGUGUGUGUGUGUGUGUGUGUCA